UAUAAAAAUCUUUGGUUUAAGUGCCUUCAAAAAUAUGCCAUUAUUAUUUAUCUCUAUAGGCGCUAAAGCGGCUAGAUCGUACACUUCCGGAAACACCAGGAUGUUCUUCUGUCCAGGAAAAGCGUGAAAAUAUCUACAACCUGUGCGAACAACGCAACGUGUAGCUAUUUAGAAUUUUAUAGGCGUUCCAGUUAAUCAGCGAGAUGAUUUGGAGUGUAUGGUAGCUGUUUACAUUGCCCUUAUCCUCGCUAUUUGGUCACGUUUGUGUAUGUUGCACUAACUCGCUGUAUUAUUGAAGCUUGUUGGCUGCGUCACCAUCGCUGCCUGGAUUGGUCACAGGAGGCCCUGGAGAAGGAGUGGCCUGAGGUCAAGCCCUAAAGCACCAGAGCCUGGUCAUGAUGGACCAUAAGAGAGCACUCACCAUUUCACUGGCCGUUGACAAGGUGGAUAACUCUCAAAUGGGAAGUCCACUAAAAAUUCCCAAGAUCCUUCUUUCUUCAGAGUUGAGAUGUGGGAAUGAAGAGUCACAGUGGGUCAGUACCUCUACCUCAAUUCCUCCAACAGAUUCACUGGACCCAGAUUGCUGGAAAUGGAAUCAAACUCCAAAAGUCUUGUCAGCAGAAUGGAUCCAUCUCUUUGGAUCACGGCCAAGCGGCUUUAGCCCAAGCGGCAAUGAACUGCACGCAGCUCCAGUUGGUCCUCACGGACGUCCUGAAGACGGAACAGGGACAGGUCUACCUAGACAGGAAGAUGCGUGGCAAGAUGACAGGAACUGGAGAGAGGAAGAGAGAGUCACCGAUGGGGAGCGGGCAAAGGAGGGUGUCUCAGUGUAGCAGAGAGGGGAGGGAGGAUUGUAGAGAUUUUAUAGCACACACAAAGAGACCCCAUGACCACCCCACUCCCACCUCGACCCCGACCCGCAAGGAGAGGAGGUCACACCACAGAGGGGGGUCAGAGGAAGACGAGGAGGUGAAGGAACUUUUAAUAGGAGAGGAAAACAUCAAAGACCAGAGAUGCAACAGUAGUAUGUCAGGGAGGCAUAGUUCACAGGAACCCCUGGAGGAGGUGACCUUUACUGAGGGGGACAUGCACCAGGAAAAGACUUACCCACAAUCCACCAGGACUAGGAAGGCAGAUUCAGGUUCAAGCGAAUCCACACAUGUUGAGAGGGAGAGUUGGAGGAGGGAGUCUGGGCUCUACAGUAAUGGACAGGUGAAGGAUGGAGGGAUGAAUGAUGGAGUGGCAGAGGGCUUGACCACAGAUGCCUCCAGGAGCUCCAGAGGGAGCGUGCUGCGCCUCUCCAGGGAGGCCAGAGGCGGGGGAGGACUGCCCCCCAAACAGCUGUGUCUGGGGGGGACGGGGGGCAUAGACACUAAUGUAGCAUCCAUAGAAGUAGAGGUGGACCCCUCAAACUUUGAUGGGACCCCGAUGGUAGUCACUGUGGGGGAAGACAGGGAAGUUGCCAGCUCCUCUAACCCCAGCUGUGGAGGGGUUAAGGAGAGGAGAGGAACCCUGUCCUCCAGCCAGGAUAGGACGCCCAAACUCAGUCCUGUUGAACCCAUCGUUCUCUCCAGUGAUGAGGAGGUAGUCACCCCGUCCCACAGUUCAGUCCUCUGGCCUCAGACUAGUGAGUGUGAGUCCCAGAGAAACCAUGCUCAGGAAGACAACGUGGUGGAAGAGACAGACUUUCAGGUGAUGCCUGCGGUGGUGACAGGGUCUGGGGUGGCCAGUUUCCCCAGCACCGAGGACUCUGAGGGUAUGGCCCUACCCUUCUCUGCCCUGCACUGUGGGGGGGUCCGAGGGGAGUCCAGCGGAAACCUCAUGAUCACAAACCACAGAAUCAUCAUACCAAUUAAAGGCCAGGUAGAUGUGAUGGUGACUGUGGAGCGCUGUCAGCUGUGGAAGUACAGCAUCUGGGACAGGGAGGAGCUACAGGAGAGAGGGCUGGGGUGUGAGGUCAAGAGAGAGAUGGGGCAGCCUCCCCCCGCCCUCCUCCUCUACGUGUCAGACGCCCAGGCAGUCGCCGUUCAAGAAGACCUGAGGGAGCUGUCAAUCAAACAGGCCUUAGAACCACCCGCUGGCCAGGCCAGUCCCUUCCUCCUGCUGACUCUGCAUGCCCCUCUGGAGGGGGUGGAAGGGGCUCUACUUCGCUCCAUCCUCGACAUCAUCUGUCUCAACAACGUCGACGCUGCAUGUCUCUGGGGGAACGCUCCCAUCAACGAGGCGGUGGACCUCCACAGUCCCCUCCUGUCAUUGGAUGACAGUCUGGCGCUGAUCGGUAGAACCGGACUAGACCACCAGCUGCUCUCCCUACUGGGACAGAACAAUGCCGAGCCUGUCACAGAACCCGACCAGGACAGAGACACACCUGGGCCAAAUCUGGACACUGUGGAGGGAGAGUCACAGACACCACCGGAGACAGAGGUACAGGCAGAGGAGGAGCAGAGGGAGGCAGAGAGCGUACCCCUCGCUGAGGAGAGUCCAGUCCAGCCCAGACCCGUGUACACAGUGUGUCACAGCAGAACCAGAGGCUCCUACUCUGUGUUCCUGGGCCCGAAGCCAGGCUCCAACUGGACCCGAUACAAGCACCAGGGCCCCACACGCAGGUUGAUCCAGUUUCCUCCACCGCCUUCCAAAGGAGGGAUCGCCGUGACAACAGAAGAUCUGGAGUGCCUUGACAACGGCCAGUUUCUGAAUGAUGUCAUCAUCGACUUCUACCUCAAGUAUCUGCUUCUGGAGAGGGUUCCGCAGGAUGUGGCUGAUCGCGCUCACGUCUUCAGCAGCUUCUUCUACAGGCAGCUCACUCGCCGAGACAAUGCCAGUGAGGACAGUACCAGCGUCUCAGCACAGCGGAGGCGGCAUCAGCGGGUGAAGACAUGGACACGACAUGUGGACAUCUUCCAGAAAGACUUCCUGUUUGUGCCUGUCAAUCAGGAAGCCCACUGGUACCUGGUGGUGAUCUGCUUCCCUGGCCUGGAGGAGCCUCAGUGUGAGGAGGGGAGCAGCCCAGCCUCGCUGAGGGGAACAGGGGGAGAGAAGCCAGACGAGGCCCAGGCUGAAGAGGAGGCCUCUGGGUCCAAAAAGCUAAAUGGCAUCAGUGAAGUCACCCCUGAAUCAAUUAGCACUGACAACCAGGACAAACUGACAGUUACAGUUUCAAAUGGUGUGGUACAGAGUGAAUCAGUACUCCAGCCACCUCCUGGUCCUCUGGACUGCACUGAGAAGACCUGUCACAGAGAGACCAUCUGUAAACGACCCUGUAUUCUCAUCAUGAACUCCCUCAAGUUUUCCCUCCAUGAGCGCGUCUUCAAACUCUUACGGGAGUACCUGCAGUCGGAGUGGGAGCUGCGUCGGGGCUCUGUGCGCGAGUUCAGUUCUGAGCAGAUGCAAGGCUCCCACUGUAAGGUCCCCCUACAGGACAACAGCAGCGACUGCGGCCUCUACCUGCUGCAAUACGUGGAAAGCUUCCUGCAGGACCCUGUGGUGCACUUUGAACUCCCCCUGUGCCUAGAACGCUGGUUCCCACGGCAACAGGUGAGGAGGAAACGAGACGAGAUCAGGGACCUGGUGCUACACCUGUACAGACACCAGAGGGGCACCGUGGGGAGUAUAGGAAAUAUGGGAAAUGUAGUCAGUUAGGGCUUGGGGCUUGAUGGGUAAUAUUAUGGCUGUGAACACACCAGUAUCCCAAUAUUUUUUCCAUGGCAAAAAUGAAAACACGAAGCAGAACAAACUCUUUGGUCCUUUAAAAACCUGCUGUAUGUAAAAUAUUGUGUGCUAUAGCUUGGAAAAUAAAUACAUGUGACUCUGGGUGACAACAUAAGGAUGUUUGUUUCCAACAUUAGGACUGUUUUCCUAAAGAAGUUAAAUCUGCUUUGUGUUUUGUUUCUUUGACAUGAUACUAACGAGUGUCGCGGUACUGGUAUUAUCUUGGCCCUAGGUAGUAUAGGAAACGUGGGAAAUGUAGUCGGGCACGGUAAGCACCUUGGCUGCAUUCCAAACACUUAACAGACACACCCUCUCCCCUCAGCCCUCAAAUUAAGUGGACACUUCUGAUGACGGGUCAUGACGUCUGGCGAGUUUACACUUGCAGGGCGAGGGAGGAAGGAAUGAUUUUUAAAUGGAGCGCCCUUGCCCGGAAGUUUGUCACUCGUUUGUCCCACAACAAUUGUGUUUUCAGCCACCAGUGGCUUGUGGGUGCUUUAUAUGAGCUACAGUCAAUUCUGAUUUUAUGUCUACUUAUAUUAACUAUAUAAUUAUUCAUAUACGUCUACUGUAUGAUAGCUAGCAAACUAAUUAGCUAACUAAGGUUAGCCUGCCAAGCUGGAACUUCUGAACUUUUUAUUUCUACAAUUUCCAAAAACGAACCAAACAAAAACAUCAUUACUUUUAUGAGACGUGUUUGUGCAUUAGUAGCACAAUUUAACUUAUUUACAUUUGUUUUUACUCCCACUUGUAUGUUGACUUCUCCAUAUUGAUGUUGAGGUUUUAAGUUUUGGCUGAGUUUUCUUAGCGGAAGUGCAAUCAUCGCAAAUUGAAUUAUGGGGCAUUACAGGCCCGAAGUGAACAUAAUUGUACACUUGCAAACUCAAUUAAAAACAAGGGCUGAUGGGGCUUACGUUUUGAACUUCCCUUGUUUGGCUAAUCGUUUGGAGCGAAGGCCAAGAUGGUGACUGGGAUUCCCCCGAGGGCAUAAGACAAGGGUAAGUGGAGGAAGGUGUUUCUUUUGUGAGUUUGAAACGCAGCCCUUGAGAUUCUGCUCAUGCAACCAGUACAUUUACAUUUCAGCCUGAUAUAUUAAAAUAUUAUUUAAGCUUUUGUAGUUGUAUCACUGGCCAGCUGGCCACCAUUCAAAUUACAUGCAGAUGUCUCAUGUCAACCUGUAAAUUGUCACUAACGUCAAAGGCUGUUGCAUUAAUGAUUUAAAUCUCUCCGGGGAUGAAUAUGAAGGACUCCCUACAGCAGCUGUAGAGUGUCUCUUUCGGUGCUUGUUUUAAGCAGAGGCAUUAAAGGGGCCUUCCACUGAAAUUCAACAGUUUAAACGGGUUCUUCUUUACUUUUUCAGUGUAACAUCUCUUUAGAAAGUCUGUCCCCUCUGCACCUUAUAGAUGGGCCCUACAUCCCACCACUAUAGCCUCGUUUAACAUGAGAUCAGACUGAACAGUCUCGCAGUCUCGUGUUUUACUAUUUAUUUCUCCCCUAGGUGAUUUUAUUGUAACUUAUGUCAGUUAGAUUUUUACAUGUGGAUUUUGUUUCUAAAAUGUACAUUUUGAUGAAUGUGUUUAUAAUAUAAAAUGUAAUAAAUACAUUUGUAGUCUGAA